UAUACUAUUAUUUAAUCAACACGUGACUUGCGUGGAAUAUAUGAUGUCAACAAACAUGUUUAGAAUGAUUCAAACAUUGAAAUCCAUUUUCAUUGGAAUCAUCAUCAGCUAGCACACAAGAGAUCAUGUUAAGCCCAAAUUGCAUUGAACUUGAAGUUGAAAUCAAGACCUUAAUCAAGGUAUGGCUCAAAGUCCUAACCUCUCUAUGUUAUUGUUAUUUUAUAUCCUCAAACAUACCAAAAGGCAUUUUAAGGUUACUCUCUUUGUCCCCAAUUUUGUACCUUUUCACCAUCCUACCAUUUCAACUCUCCUUUGUUCUCCCAAUAGGCAUCACUUCCUUCUUCAUAACUUGGCUCACAAACUUCAAACUCAUCCUUUUUGCCUUUGAUUUGGGCCCAAUCUCUUCCAACCCAAAAAUUUCUCUUCCUCUCUUUCUCAUCUUAGCUUGUCUCCCAAUUAGAAUCACUCAAAAACAAAAACACCCACUUAACCAAAACCAAUCAAAAUUUAAUCUUUUGCUUCCAAUCAAGACCUUACUUUUUGGUCUUUUCCUUAUAGGCCUAAAUGGCCAUAUAAAAAAGAAAGUGUUUUACCCAACAAUUACUAUUGUGAGCCUCUAUUGUAGUCUCAUAUAUUUAUUAUUAGACCUUGUUGUGGGAUUUUUCAACAUUUUGAUUAAUUCUUUAUUUGGGAUUAGACUUGAAUUACCAUCUAAUGAGCCUUAUUUGUCCACUUCAUUGGGUGAUUUUUGGGGGAAAAGGUGGAACCUCAUGGUAACAUAUAUCUUGCGACACACUAUAUACAUUCCCAUGAGAAUAUUAAUGUCCAAAACUAUAUUGGGCCCCCAAUGGGCUCCAUUGUUUGGAAUUAUUGCAACUUUCUUGGUGUCUGGGCUAAUGCAUGAGCUGCUAUUCUACCAUGUCACACGUGUUACUCCCACGUGGGAGGUUACUUGCUUUUUUGUGCUUCAUGGGGUGUGUGUGGUUGUAGAGGUUGGUUUGAGGAAGUGGUUAGGUCAAAAGUGUAGAGUACAUUGGGCCAUAUCUGGGCCCAUUACGGUGGCGUUUGUGGUGGCUACCGCUGCAUGGCUAUUCUUUCCACCGUUGUUGCGUGAUGGCGCCGAUCAGAGAAGCAUUGAGGAGUUAAACAAUGUUGUUCAUUGUGUCAUGAAAAAGUUUCGAGGGAGUAACUUUUUCGACCCACAUUUCUAAGACAUUACGUUUUUUAAAUUGUAUUUUUAAACGAUAUAUUUUAUUUGAAAGUGUAUUUCUUUUUCUUUUUUUGAUCAAAUUCGAAAGUGUAUUUCUAGACAAUACAAAACUUGU